GCCGCCCCUCUCCUCGAUCCCGCGAGCGCCGGCCACCGGCGGGGCGGCGCGAGCAGCGGCCGGUCCAGCCACCGGCGGGGCGGCGCGAGCAGCAGCCGGUCCAGCCGCCGCUCCAGGUUGCAGAGGUGAAAGGGAAGCAGAAGAGGGUGCUGCUCGACCAGGCCGCGCACGACAAGCUGCUCGCGGAGGUGCCCAAGCACAAGCACAAGCACAAGAGGGUGCAGAUCCGAGAUGACAAAUAUGACAAGGAGCAAGAAAGUCACAGAUGGCUUGAUUGCUGGUUCUUCAUCAAGGGGUAAAAGAACAAAGGCCUCACCCUGCCAACAAGAUUGUGUUCCAGGUGCAUCAACUUAUGCAAAUGGUCAUGCAAAGGCAGAGGCCUCACCCUGCCAACAAGGUGGUACCAGUCAAACAGAGGAGUGUUCAGAGCCAAAUCUUCCAGAGGACAUCUGGCAUCAUAUACAUUCCUUAAUGCCAUUGAAAGAUGCUGCCAGAGCCGCCUGCCUGUCUCGGUCCUUUCUGUCUUCCUGGAGAUGCCAUUCGAUCCUCAUUUUGAACAGGGAAGCAUUUGGGUUGGACGUAUGUGCGGAUCACAAGGAAACAACUAGAACUUUUAGAAGCAAAAUUGACCACAUUCUGGGAAACCACUCGGGUACUGGCGUGAGAAUACUGAAACUUCGGUUAGUUUCAAAUGACAAAGCGAAGAACCGUGAUUAUAUCGACAAAUGGCUUCAUAAGGCUGUUAAACCAGGAAUUGAAGAACUCACCCUUACUAUGCCUAUGAGCAACAAACGCAAAUACGAGUUCCCGUGCACACUUAUAUCAAAUGGGCUGGGAAACUCACUCCAGUGUCUUUACCUUUCCGAUUGUUCCUUUCAUCCUAUGGCUGGGCACUGUGGCUUGAGUAGCCUGACAAAACUAGAGCUGUUAAUGGUGGGUAUCAUGGGGGACGAGCUAAGCUGUCUUGUUUCCAGUUCUGCAGCUUUGGAGCAGGUUUUACUCAGGGAUUGCAGUAAGGUACUGCUUGAGGAUACCUUGCCAUCUUGAGCGGUUAAGCCACUUGAAGGUGUUACGUUGCAGCGAGCUGCGAUUGAUAGAGAGCAGAGCUCCAAAUCUCUCGAGCUUUCAGUUUAAAGGUGACCUCAAGGUUCGAGUCUCACUUGGAGAAGCAUUGCAAGUGAAGAACUUACGAGUGAACAGCACCUAACUGAUCUGUUACACUCGAGCAGAGCUGGUGUCUAGCACGCCAAGCAGGGAGGUAUGCUCUAAAACUACUAUUUUAAUUUUCUCACCUCAAUUUCUCAAUACGUUGUCAGGGGGUAUUGAGUUUGACUGGCAUUGUCUUCCGCCGAGAGGAAGGUCGGGUGGAAUCUUACUUGGUGUUAGAUGUGAUUCUCUCGAAGUUCGCAGUGUGGUCAUGGGGGAUUUUGCUGUUAAGUUCAGGGUUCGGUCCAAAGAUGAUGGUUUCGACUGGGCUUUGGUGGCGGUGUACGGGGCAGCGCAGGCAGAGUUCAAACCUGACUUUUUGGCUGAUCUUGUUAGAGUCUGCGGGUCUGAGCAGCUUUCAAUUCUGGUUGGGGGUGAUUUUAAUAUUAUUAGAAGACGCGAUGAAAAGAAUAAUGACAAUUUUGAUGGGA